AUGACAUUUACCAUCAACUCCUAUGACUGUGAAAUUGACUGUGAUUUUGCCCCAGAUAUAAAACUCAGUUUCCAGUUUGGAUUCCUUCCCCAAACCCUGCUCUUGGAAAAUCCCCAGAAGACAUUUGAUUUGUUCUUCGAGGCGGCCUGCCCCAAGUCUGCAGAGGAUGACCCCCAGGUUCUGAGGCAGUUCCCGGAGGAGUUUGACGACCAGGAGUCCAUCCAGAUGCUGCCCAAAUUCUGCUUCCCGUUCGAUGUGGCGAGGGUAAAGGAAAGCUCCAUGGUGCAGAACUUCACCUUCGCCCUCACGGACCUGGAGGGGAACCAGCGCUUCGGGUUCUGCCGCCUGGCCGGCGGCUUCCAGACCUGCCUCUGCAUCCUCAGUUACCUGCCGUGGUUUGAAGUUUUCUACAAGAUCCUCAACAACAUCGCAGACCAUUUGGCUAAGGGGCAGCUCCAUGAACUGUCCGAGCUCCUCUCCACGCUCUAUUGCCACCCGGUGCCCCAGCUGAACAGCCCCGUCAACCUCGAAUUUCCUUCGUCCUUCAUUGCACCCGACCUCGGCAGCCUGCCCACCAUCCCGGAGAACAGGAACCUGACGGAGUUCGUGGUGGCCGUGGACGUGCCCAACAUGCUGCAGCUGUACGGGAGCAUGCUGUACGAACGGCGCAUCCUGCUCACCUCCAGCAAGCUCAGCACGCUCACAGCCUGCGUCCAGGCCUCCUCCGCCAUGCUCUACCCCCUGCACUGGCAGCACAUCUACAUCCCCACGCUGCCCCCGCACCUGCUCGACUACUGCUGCGCCCCCAUGCCCUACCUCAUCGGCGUCCACUCCAGCCUCAUGGAGAGGGUGCGGAGCAAGGCCCUGGAGGACGUGGUGAUCCUCAACAUCGACACCAACACGUUGGAGUCGCCCUUCCAGGACCUGGAGAACCUCCCGAGCGACGUGGUGUCCCUGCUGAAGCUCCAGCUGAAGAAGCAGUCGGCCACCACUGGGGACGGGGGGUCCCCCUGCUCUGUGUAG